UUCUCUAGCAAUCUCACAGUUCUACAGGGCUGACAAAAAGGACUAGAAGCAAAGAAUAAAUGAACCCCCCACAUCCCCACAAAGCAAAGCAAAUGAGAAGGAAACAGAAUCUCCAAAUCUUCAUUCUCUUCUUUAUCUUUCUCUUUUGUUUUCUCUCUUUCUUUCUCUCCCCACUAUCUUAAGGAGUUGUGCUUCACUGAUUUGCUUUCUCAGAUGAGGACAAUCAUGGCCAAGACCCCUCAUGACUCCUCCUUCUCCUUUUCCUUCUCUAGGAGACACUUCCACUGGAGAAGGAAGGUAGAUGAUGAAGAUGGUGAAGAAGAAGUUUUAACCAUCAACUCCGUUUCCCAUCGUUACUCUGAGGAGGACAAAGAAGGAGACCCAAAGGUCUCAAUACCCACACCAGCAUCUGACCUAAAGGUCUCGGUACCGACACCAGCACCAGCAGUUGCGACUUCAGCAUCAUCAACCAGGAAGAAACAGAUGCCGGUAGUGGCAGUAGCGAGGUUCCGUUCAGUCCUCAACGCUUUCGGCAAAAACAGGUCGCGGUUUUCGUCUGGGCUCGGCAGUCGAGUUGUGGGUACCCUCUUCGGCUACCGAAGGGGCCAUGUACAUUUCGCAUUCCAAGAAGAUCCAAAGUCUCAACCAGCUUUCUUGAUCGAACUCGCAACUCCGACAAGCGGUUUAGUUCGGGAAAUGGCAUCAGGGCUGGUUCGUAUUGCGUUGGAGUGUGAUAAGAAGGUGGAGGAGAAGAAAGGAGGUGUGAAGCUUCUUGAAGAGCCUUUGUGGAGGACAUACUGUAAUGGGAAGAAGUGUGGGUCUGCUGUGAGGCGUGAAUGUGGAGCAGAGGAUUGGAAAGUGUUGAAAUCUGUGGAACCCAUUUCAAUGGGUGCUGGUGUGUUGCCUGGGAAUGGAGCUUCUGGGUCUGAAGGUGAGCUAAUGUACAUGAGAGCUAAGUUUGAGAGAGUUGUUGGUUCCAGAGACUCUGAAGCUUUCUAUAUGAUGAACCCUGAUGGCACUGGAGGUCCUGAGCUCAGUAUCUACUUGCUUAGAGUCUAAUAAUCUGAGUAAUGUGAUGUGAUUAUUAUUAGUUUUAGUAUUACCUUCAAAAGCCAUGGAAAUGGAGGUUUGGUUCUCUACUCUACAGAGUAUAGAGGCCAUGUUUUUUAUUCUUUUUUUUUUUUUUUUUCCUUUUGGUUUUUGGGGUUUGUUUGUCUUAGGUAGUGUACUGCAGUUGCUUGGUUAAGAGCAUCCUGGGAUUAUCAUAAGUGGGUUGUGGGGUAUAUCAUCAAUCAAUGUAUAGCUGGUUUUUCCUUUUCUUGUCCUCUGAAAGAGAGAACAGAGUAAUUGCAAGAUCAUUGUCCUCUCA